UCUUUGGUAGCCUCAACGCACGAUAAGUUCCUGAACCGCAAGCAAGCAUCAUGAUGCGAUGGCGCGCUCCAAACCGGGUGCUUAUCGCUACACUGUCGGCGAUCGCCCUCUACUUCUUCCUGUCCUCGGGCUAUCACGAGUACGAGCAAAGCGGUGUGCUGCCUCACACGAAGCCGGAAGAUGUGUGGGACUUUCUGGCCGAUUUUAGCCACAUGAAGCGGCUCAACCCAACAAUCUUGGACUUUAAGGUAAUCUCGGAGAAUGGCUACAGAAACGACUGGAAGUACACGGUUUCGUACGAAGAGAAGCUCUCACACUGGCCCUACACGUACAACCAAGGACUGGGCCACUACAUGGUCACCAAGCUGUCCGAAGAGAACGGUGGCGUGUACUCGGUCGCCUCCAAGCACCGUACCUGCUUCCUGUCCGGUCUAUUCUGUCCGCAAGCUGAAGGAGAGUUCACGAUAAGGCGCAUCAACGAUCACGAUACGCUGGUGACCGAGCUCGUUCGCUACACGUGCCCGUUCUUCCUUGGUUCUUUCUGCCGGCGCGAGGUGGUGUAUCAGCGGCACGAAAUCAUGAGAAAACUAAAGGAACACUUUGAACAUCUGCGCCAUCAGAAGAUGCACGCAGCGAGAGGUCAUCGAUGA